GGUGAAAGUGAAAGUGUCUGACAGUAGUUGAGUGGCAUCUGAACUUCGGACAGUAACGAUGGUCUGGACCGGUCCAGGUCUACUUGGCGGACAGGUUCUAAGAGCGGUCAGAUGGAUCCCGGUUCUCUCUCUGUGUCUAUCUGCAUUAUGAUGGCUUUUCUGCUCGGAGCUGCGACACUCUCCAGCGGCGACAACACCAGCUGUCUGUGUCCACGCAUUCCUUCAUGGAAACUGAGUGAACCUCCAGAACAGGGUUGCUACCAGAUUGAAGAGCACUAUCGGUACCAGUGUGUGGAGGGUUAUACGAGGAAAGUAGGAACCUCAAGUCUUACCAGAUGCAGACCAGAUGAACAUGGUGACCUACACUGGACCACGCCCUCAUUACAGUGUAUACCUGACCCAAACAGACCCAUAACAACACCAACGCCACCAACACCACCCCCAAUCACCACAGCAACAACUACUCCCACCAGCCGACAGACAACUUGGAAUACGAGCGUUUCAGUUUCAGAGGAUAGAGGAACACACAGCGUUGAGCCAACCACACAUGGAAAAGUAGAUUCUGUGACACAGACCCAGGGAAUACAGAAGUUCACAGUUUCACCGAUUAAUGCCAACAGGUCAUCCACGACAUCUCCAGGAGUCCACAAAGCAGCAACUCCCACCAGACUACAGACAACCGUGACUGCAGGCACCUUCAGUUCAGUGAGUGGACAAAGAGACAGAAUGGAGGAACAUGGAAAAAUAAAUUCUGUGACACCGACUGUAGUUAAGAACCAAACAACGACCUCCACAAUUUCACCGAGUCCUGAUAACAACUCCAACAUCUCGCCUCCUGGGGCCCAUAAAGGAGAAAUUGCCCAAGCAAUGGGAAUCAGUGCUUCAUUGGUGAUCAUCUGUGCCGCAAUCGGGAUCAUCUUCUUUCUGUAUCGAAGGAGGUUCAAAACCAACAUCCCGCUGCCGACAGAAGAAGAAAUGAGGCCCAUAAACUGUGCUCCAGCUGUACCUGAACCAGUUUGAAGCCUAUGACCUUCUGCCUUUAGAGAGAGCAGGAACAGAUGAUCCUCAUGGAGUGAAGACCUGCACACAGGACUGUAAAUUAUGUGUGCGUGCCAUCGAAGAACGCCUUUGGCAUUCUGUGGAUAUAUAUAGGCAAUAAUUAGGAUUGCAUAAGGAACUUCAGUGCUGACAGCCCUCUUCUCAUUCAUUAAGUGCUCUAACACACUGUCUUUUGUUUUUUUUUUAUAUACCCUACGAGGAUAAGGCUGGUGAUACGCUCUGUUGUCGUGUUGUCAAACAAUGAAAUGUUUCAGCCAUAAAGCAUCGUCUCUUUAACUAAAGCCUGAAAUAGUAAAGUCGUCUGAGCCAUAGAUCUCUACUGAAAGUGAUUUGAAGCCAGUGCCAUAAACACAUUCUUGAUCUUAAGACAAAAUCUGUAUCUAAAAAUGCUCUGUUUGAGCAAAGUAUGCUCCAACCUACAGUGCCUAGCAUUUUGGAGGAUGAUUCAGCUGUAGAAACAGACAAUAUCCAAAAGAUGAACCACUGUGAAAUGGAAAUAACAUAGUAACCAUAACCUGCUCUAUUGUCCUUUUAACCGUAAAUGGGACCAUCAUUCACAAAAUGAACAUCAUGCUGUAUUUUAAGGGAGACAUAUGACUAGUGACUGAAACCAUAAACUCAUUAGGAAAAUGUUUACUGAGGUAAUGAGUCAGGUCAGAAGUAGGGUCAUUUUCUCAUAAACCUCGAUAAAAUCCAGUGACUUUUUUGCAGCCACAGGAGUCGCCCCCCUGCUGGCUGUUACAAAGAAUGCAGGUUUCAGGCAGUUGCACAUUGGCUCCACUUUUCAGACGUGGAGGCUACAUCCAUCUUGUAUUUGCAGUUGUCAGUGGUUGGCUAAAAGCAUGUUAGGCAAGUUUUUAUGUCUUUUGUAAGAACCUAUGAAUUAAGUGCCACAAACAGGAAGGAAAAGUUAAGAGAUAGGCUAAGACUUAUACUGAUUCUCACCUCGUACACUUGAUUUCUUUCCUCCCUUCAUAUUGUAGUCUCUCCCAGCCAACAUGUGAGUGGAGGAGACACAAGGAGAAAGGACUCUAGACAACAUUGACAACAUGAGACAUCUUUAUUUCAAAGCCGUUAUUUUCAGUUCAAUUCAGUUUCAUUUAAUUCACGACAUGUCAUCUCAUUGUAAGGCGAAAACGUUGCAAAUUUUAAACGGGCAAUCCAACAAUCAAAAGUUGCCUUUGGAUGCCCUAUGAGCAAACAAUUGGCGAUGGUGGGCAGGAACCACAAUAAGGAAAAAAAAAACAACUUUAACAGGGAGGGAAAAAACUUCUGACAGAACCAGGCUCAGGGAAGGCGGCCAUCUGCCUCGAAUGGUUGGGGUGAGAGUGAGGGGUGAGUGGGGUGGGGAUAGCAGAUAUAGAACAAACAAACCUUAAGCACAUUUUAAACUUAAAAACAAUGGUGAUUAAGUAUGAAAUGUUGAGACAGUUGCAUCUACUAUUUGUACAUCUGCUACUGUAUUUUAUAAUCACUGUCAGAGAACAUAACGCCAUUCUGAUAGUUUACUGUAUACAUUUACUUAUAAAUAAAUUCAGUGUAAUAUAAUGUGAUAAGAAAGUAUUAACACAAAUACCAUAAAUACCGAAGGAACACGCUUUGUUGUUAUUUUUCAGCAGCCUCUUCUAUGCAUAACAGAGGAACAAGAGGAGCUGUGAUUGUUUUGGCUUUUCCAUGCGAAUGGUAACAAAAAUGGCAAAGAAAAUAUUGUAUCUCUGGAGUGAAUUAUAAAGCCUUUGCGUUGUUUUCAUUCAAAUGGAAUCUUUGUAAAUGAACAAACUGGAGUGUAAAAGGGUGCUGCCAGCAAUUACUGUGAAUGAAAUGACUGAUUUUUAUAUGAGCAGGCUUUAAGUGAAUGUAUAGCGAGGAAAAAGUGGUCCAAACAUAAUAAAUCAAAUGUUUGGUUGC